AUGAGAGACCCUCGUGCCAUUAUAUGUGUAAACCUUGGUCGCGCAGGGUUUUGCCGGUGUGGUCUCCAAAGGCAGGCCUUCCCAGAUGUGGAAACGGGUGACCCUGGCUUUGUCCCGGAGUUAAGUGCCAAGAAGCGCAACCAGAAGCUCAUGGUCCUCAUCCUUACUGUUGCCUGCAUUGUAAACCUGGCUGUCACGGGCAUUGGCAUAGCCUACCUGCGGUUGCAUUUUGCACAGGAGGACAUCCUGUCCAUUGAUGAAGUGUCACCAGACGCCAGGCGGGACAAGGAGGAAGCUUCCAGUUUGUACAGCCACAUCAAAGCCAUGAUCAAAAGAAGAGCCAGGGCACCCACAAGUACGAAGCAAACAUCAGCAACACCACGCUACAGGCCAAAGCACAGGUUAAGAACCCGGGGGACACACCGCUUCCACGUCGCAAACCUUCCAUGGUUCAGAAGUGUCACCACAAGCAUGGCGCCCAAGAUCUUCAAGGCACCUUCUGGCUACUCCCUCACAUGAACUGUUGGAUGGCUCGCCAUUGAAACUGUGUGCUGCCAAAGAUGGAUAGAUUAAGAAGUGAGCCCCAUUACAUCAAGCUUGGGCUGAAAGAAGCCAAAACAGUGCACCAUAAAGAUGUCCGCGGCCCAUCGUGUCUCAUACGUUCACAACUCCAUUGCCUCUGCAUCGACCUUAUAUGCACCCCAAGUUGUGCUACAUUAGCACUGACUUUAGCAAAGUGUCAUGAGGGCCUGCAAAAUA